AUGAGCACAAAGGAAUCGCAGACCAUCGAGCAGGCUACCUCUACUGUUGGCCACACCGCACUUCCUGUCGAAGGUCAACCAAACAGUAAGACCCGCCGCUAUGAUCGACAACUAAGGUUGUGGGCGGCUUCUGGUCAGUCUGCACUGGAGUCAUCUCGUAUUUUGGUCAUCUCUGCCUCCGCCACUUCCACCGCGAUUCUCAAAAACCUCGUCCUUCCUGGCGUCGGUCACUUUGCUCUCCUCGAUCCAGCCGUAGUAUCCCGCGCAGAUGCGGGUAACAAUUUCUUUUUGAACGGACCUGCUAGCAUCGGUCGUUCGCGCGCAGAGGAGGCCGUCACCCUUCUCCGGGAAUUGAAUGACAGCGUCUCCGCUGAGGCGAUUACAAAGGAUAUCAACAUGCUGCUGGCAACAGAUGAUGGCCGCGAUUGGGUCCGGAACUUUUCCCUCGUUAUCACACACAAUCUUCCAAAUGACACUUUGGACACCCUCUCGCGUCUGCUCUGGGACGAUCCCACUGGCCCACAGCUUAUCGCAGUGCGCUCUGCUGGCUUCCUUGCAGAAUUCUAUAUCCAGUUCCGCGAGCACUGCGUUUCUCAGCCGCAUACAGACGAGACCGCUCCAUCGCUACGCAUUACACGGCCAUUCCCUGCGCUCUUGCAAUGGGCGCGCGACCUUGACCUGUCUGCGCUUGACCCUACCACCCACGCGCAUAUUCCAUUUGUCGUUAUUCUUGUACACGCGGUGGACGCUUGGCGCGCAGAGCACGGCGGUGUGCUCCCCUCGACUUACGCGGAAAAGGAACACUUCAAGGAGACACUCCACGCGCGGAAGAUGAAGCUCGAUGAAGAGAACUUCGACGAGGCAGAAGCACAGGCGUACCGCGUUUGGGGUGAGCCCGCCGUACCGCCUGCAGUCGCCUCGCUCCUUGCUUCGGUGUCGACUACUUCUGCUGCGACGUCACCUUUGAACGUUGGCUUCCAUGCGCUCUUGGGAACACUCGAUGCGUUUGUAAAAGACCCGCGGGGGCCAGGAUGUCUUCCUCUGAGUUCGGCCCUCCCGGAUAUGAAGACAGACACAACGAGCUACGUGCGCCUGCAAAGCCUCUACCGCGACUGGGCGCGCAUAGAAAAGGCACGAUUCACGGAGAUCCUCAAGGAGAAGUUUCCCGAGAUCGCACCAGAUGUGGAUUCAGAGGAGCUUGAUACAUUCGUGAAAAACGCUCAUCAUAUACGAGUCCUCCGCGGACGUCGGUGGGGUACCUGGGACGAGGAGCGCAAGUUCACCUCUUCGCUUGAAAGUAGUCCUCGCGAGACUGCGACGCAUCUCUCGCUCGCUGCCCUAUCCACCCUUCUUUCCCAAGAUCCUGAUCCAUUGUCUGUCACAGCCGAGGGGCUGACCAAGGAGGUUCAGGCGCUCGUCGGCGCCGGCGUGGAUCUCCCAAAGGAGGUGGAGGAUGCAGUGGGCGAACUGGCCCGGGCACCGACUGCAGACCUGCCCAACACAGCGGCUUUCGUCGGUGGGCUAGUCGCACAGGAGGCCAUCAAGCUCAUCACGCGGCAAUACGUCCCGACCAACGGUUAUUGCGUCGUUGAUCUCGUCGACUCAUGGACCGGCGUCGUCGGGGCACCGUAG